AUGAGAGAUGAUGAUGAUACACAGUCAGUGCAAAGUGCGUCAGUAAAAGACCAAAUAGUAUUCUGGACCUUAUCAAUAUCUUUUUUCUUGAAGCUGAUAGCGUUUGUAUGCACAGUGGUAGACACGCAUUAUCAUCAGUGGAUUCAUCUUACAUCGUACAAUGACUCUUACGAGUUUGUGGUACGUUUUUCAAUUUCUUUUUGAAAUUUUAGGAUUGAAGCGACGUAUUUGAACAAAAUGUCUUUUGAACAUUUUUUAAAAUGUUGCUUUAAAUAUAUAAAAUAUUUACAAGAAGAUAACAUUUACUACAUUUUCUAAAGACACCUUUUGAAGUUUUAAAUUGUUUUUAGCGUGGUAUAGCUCACAGUGAUUGUGCACUAAACUUGAAACAGAGCCGUGACAUUCAAUGUGAACGAUGGCCACAGAAUGAUGACAUUCACGAUAAAUGGAAGGUCUUUUGGCCACAGUUUGAGUUGGGUUAUGAAGAUGUCACGUUACCUGGUGGAUGUAAGUUUAAAAACUUUUUAUCAGCAUAAACUAAUCUAAUAUCCAGUAAAGCCAAAACAGCUGCACAUAAUUUAAUAGUAAUUAGAUUUGUUGAUGGAUAACAUGUUUCAGUAUUGCGUUCAGCCUAUUACAUCGCAGUAAUGAUGUUCGCUGUGUAUGCAGCUGACCUCGUCAUCUCGUUGAUGAUGUGUUGUCGCCAAAAACAAACUGAAAAUGGAGUUUUCUACCUCAAGAUGUUCUCAUGGGUAUUGGCUGGGUUCAUCGGUAAGUUACAGUUACUUUUACUAUUUUACAUGUUAUUGAUAAUAACUGAAACUUUGAUACGCUCCAUUCUACCACAAAUUUGGUUUUUUGUUAUAUCAAUUUCACAUUAGACUAAUAUUAUAUUAAUGAUGAUUUUUCAGUGUUCUUCUAUGUUGUUAUUGGUUUAUUCGUAUGUUCUGAAACCUAUGCCUACAUCAAAUCAUCCGAAUAUGUUUUUGAGGUAAGUCAUGAUAUCAUUCAACGUUGCUAGCUAAAACUGACAUCAAAAAAAGUUUAGGGCUACUGUAUAAAUACUUAUGGAUGUUCAUCACAAUUUUUAACUAAAAUUUGUUCCCCAAACUCUAAUUAAAAUAUCUUUUUAGUCCCAUUCCGGCACUGGUGUGACAUUUUGGUACAUUUUACUAGUAGUUUAUAUCCUGGCAGUGUUAAUCCAAAAUGCAUAUCAUCUCUAUAACUGCCGAGAUAAGUACACAACACUAUUACCUAAAGGUGUUCCCAAACGGUACUGCACACCAGAACGGUCGACGCCGAGAACGGUAGAGUUGGAUGAGCUUCGGGCACCCACUUUUAUCUCAUAG